AUGCCUGGUUAUGCAGAAAAUUUUUACACACUCAUGCAAUGGGAAAUGGAGACUUUUGUAACUCCAUUCAUCAACAUAUCCUUCCUGAGCAGGUGCUCCGCCACCAUUCCAAAACCUCUCCACAAUGUGAUUGCAAUUUUGGUUGCGCAUAAAUUGGCGAACCAGCAACUGGAUGUGAAUGAGGUCCUGAUGGAAAUCAAAGCAUUGCCUCUCUCUGUCAAUUCCGCCACAUCAGAUGAAUAUGACAUCGCUCAUAUGCCAGACUACUUUAAUGCCUGGUGGAAGGAGAACCUAGGCUCUUGCAGGGUGCCAGACAUGUUGCCAAAAUCAUCUGUCCAAGAUGUGAUGGAGUUGGUUGAGGGCCGUUUUUCAGAACUUCCGGAUCAUGUGGAAACCGACCUCCUCCCAUAUAUGCUCACACUUGGCCUGGUUUGUCAACCGGACAUGAGAGCUGUUGGAAAUUUUGCAGAGAAGGAUGACAAACUUUUUGAGUUCAAGGCUGUGGCGUCCUCACAAUCACUAAUGGACCAGUUGAAUACAGAUGACAGUGCAUUCGUAUGGUCAAGCCCAAUCUGA